AAUUCUUACGCGUAAUUUAGGCGACGGGUACACAGGAUUCGCGUGUAAAACAUUUAUUAAUAUAUAUUUUAUCUUUAAAUUUGCAGAAUCGCUAAAGAACACAUAUAGCUAUAUUGCUAGACCACUUUUAGGAAGAUAAUAUCAUUAAAAUAACCAAAAUCACGUAGAAACGGUCGAAUUUUGAUAAAAACAACCGCAAAAUUUCAUACAGCGCGAUCGUAAAUAUCUUUUACAUGUAAUAUGUAAAGUAACUAAUACCGAUAUAAUCAUUAAAUUCAGACUUUGGACUAUAAAGUGCAAAAAACAGAACUGAAAAACAUUAAAAAAUGACAAAAUGACAGCAUUUUAAAAAUAUAGUAAAACGGUAUCGGUGAAGCACAUUGAAUGUUUACGAGAAUAUAAAAUAAGCAUAUUUAUCGAUAUGACACAUUUAUGCAGUAGGCGUGGCGUGUAAUCUAUAAAUAACCUGUGUACUGUCAACAAUCGGACGUAUAUAGAGGCUAUGUUUUAAACGUAUUUUUAAAGUUUUAAUGUUUUUAAAGUUUUGAUAUUAAUAAAAUAAAGCUUAAGAGUAUAGAUGUAGUUCAUGGUCAGUGGCAGUUUUUCUCAGGCGCUUCAGGAGUGUUAGUAAGUAAUGGUCAAGGGGAAAACAUUGGUGCUUAUUCUUGCAGCAUUGCUAGUGAUUGCACUUGCAUUCAUGUUUCAUGUCAUACGCAUGUUCAACAUUUCAAGACCAGUGACACCAGAACUAAUUACUAGUUACACACCAAAGGACUAUACCACCGGUGAUCCAAGUAAUCCAAGGUUUUACAACCUUCUUCUGGAAGAGGAAGCGCUCAAGUUUGAACGAUGCAAAGAUAUAAAAAAAGCAGCUUCUGUACAACGAUCAAUAAUAUCACUGACAAAUCAUGUUAAUAGGACAUACAACAUUGGUGAAACAAUUCAAGCAACUGUAACGCUUCAUGAUGGUUACAAUAAACGUAAAUAUUCAGGAGGCGAUCAUCUGAGAGCGAGAAUACAAAACAAAGUACUAAAGGCAUCAGCUCCUUGUAUAGUAACUGACAACAAAGAUGGAAUACAAACGGUUGCGUGUGAGGCAUUGUGGACAGGGACUUCAACAAUCAUCGUAACUCUAGCACAUACAGUAGAGACAAUUGCUACCAAUUAUCGUCUUAAAACACAAGUUUUAGCAACUCAUGUUCUCGAGGGAUUGUUCAAAAGUAGAAACUACAGCGAAAUCACUACCUGUCAUCCAGACAAUAUACAUCUUCUGAAGCACACAAAUUACAGCGAACUUUGUAAUAUGACAUACAUGAACUCAGGAAUGCCAUUUUAUUGCGGGAAACCUAAAAGCGAGCAUUUGCUGUGCGAAGACUGGCAGUUCGUUAGACAAGCGGAAAUGUUCCCGGAUUUUCAAACUACACAAUGUGAGCAAACGUUAUUGAACAGAGGAAAACGUACUUUUAGGCAGACCUUAAGUGUUAAAGUAGAAAAUAAAAUUGGAGAUAACCACGUAAUAGACAAACCAAGUGUACCUUGCUCAUCAUACAAUAGUUCCCUUUUGUGGCGGUCCAGAGGACAAACUGGCUUUUUCUUUAAUGGAAAAUGGAAUCUUCGUAAUUGUUUUGGUUUCCAGGGCAAUGAUUAUAAGAAAUGUCUGGAAAAUAGGCAUUUAUAUUUGUUUGGCGAUUCUACUACCAGGGCCUGGUAUAAAGAAAUUCUCAACCGAUUCAAAUGUCAACGUAUCACAGAAAAGUGGUGGAUGUGGAGGUGGCAUAAAGAGUCGGAAUGUUUCAACAAACAAAUAAAUUUCAAAGCAGGAUGGUAUCCGCACGCUCAUCCAUAUUUUGUUACAAAUAAAUGGGACGAUGUGCGCUAUAAUUUAUAUUCAAUCUCUCGCCGUAUAGACAAUAUACCACAAACUGAACGUACUAUUGUAGUUAUACAUAUGUUCCUGCAUAUGUUACCAUUUCAUCAUAGCGUUUUUCGACAAAAAAUGAAAAUCAUUCGUAAAAGCGUUGAAACGUUUUUAGAAAAAAAUAAAUAUUCCAUAGUUAUGAUAAAAGGACCACAUACAUUUGAAGUCAAUCAGACUACAAGAUUCAGACACAGUGAUUAUUUUGGGUAUCUUUAUAGUAAGAUUAUUUCUGAAGUAUUCGAGGGGUUACAAGACAGAAUCAUUUUAUUAAAUAAUAUGGACAUAACUUUAGCUCAUGCAAACGACAAUAUCCAUCCACCAAAAAAUGUUGUAAAUGCUAUGAUAGACCAAAUGCUAAGUUAUGCUUGUGAUCAAUGAAUGAUAUACAUUUUGACUAAAAUUAAUAUUCUGUAUCUAACCCUUACCUUGCUUACCUUACACUUGGGAAGGUCUAAAUUCUAAUUGUAAUAAUUUGUAGUCCAAUCCAUUUGCUACUGUUACCCAUUAUGUAUAUGUGCUGCAUGUAUUAUCAUGUGUUCAGAGGCAAUAAAGUAUUAUUAAAUCAA